AUGCCACAAGCUGAUGCAAAGUGCAGCAGUAUAAUAUUUGAUGGAAAUAUUUUGAUUUCUGGGUAUAUCAAUAGAAAUCUUUUGUUAUAUUCAAUUGAUAUUGACUCUUUCUCAAUAAUUUCUAGUGAGUUUGCAGAGUAUAAAAGAAAGAUCCUGGCAAAUGCAGAGAGGAGAUUGUAUUUGAUUGAGUCUAAGAAUGGAUCAAUUUAUGAGAGCAAAAUUGGAAGCUUCAUUGAUUGGACAUGAGUUGCAGACUCAACAAUUGAUUUUAAUCCUCCUCAAGUAUAUUGUUUAUACAAUAAAGGAGCAAUAUAUAUCGGGUGCAUUGACGAAGAUGAAGUCUUAUACUUCAAGCUUAAUCUAGAUACAGAAAGGUCGAUUGCUUUAGAGAGUAUCUACUUUUAA